CCAACCCCCCCACCACCACCCCCGCCAUUGCCGAGCCACCCGAACCGGCGGCCAUGUCGAGAUUCUGGAGACCUGGGGCGGAGAAGCCGAGCGCAUCGCUCGUCGACGACGAGGAGGGCGGCGUCCUCUUCCUCCCCACCAACACCAACGCUUCUUCCUCCUCCUCCGGGUUUGGGUACGCGUCCUUGGAGAGGCUGAGGCAGCGGCUGCCGGUGUACAAGUACCGCAAGGCCAUCCUAUACCUGGUGGAGCGGCAUGCCACGACCAUCAUCGUCGGCGAGACGGGUAGCGGCAAGUCCACGCAGAUCCCUCAGUAUCUUAAGGAGGCUGGUUGGGCUGAGGGUGGUCGACUUAUAGGUUGCACCCAGCCAAGACGAUUGGCCGUGCAGACGGUUGCAUCAAGGGUAGCUGAAGAAGUUGGUGUGAAACUUGGAGAAGAAGUAGGAUAUACAAUAAGAUUUGAGGAUGAAACAAACCCGGGCAUGACCAUGAUCAAAUUUCUCACAGAUGGAGUACUGAUUAGAGAAAUGAUGGAAGAUCCUCUUCUGAGCAAAUAUAGUGUCAUUAUGAUAGAUGAAGCUCAUGAAAGAUCCAUUUCAACCGACAUAUUGCUGGGACUCUUGAAAAAGAUUCAACGCCGUCGGCCGGAGUUACGCCUAAUCAUUUCCUCUGCAACAAUUGAAGCAAGAUCAAUGUCAGCCUUUUUCAGCAAUAGGCGGAAGAAUUCAUUGCUCAAGCCUGCUGAUGAUUUGCCGAACCCAGAACCUGCUAUACUUUCUGUUGAAGGUAGAGGAUAUACAGUAGAAACUCAUUAUCUAGAAGAACCUGUCUCAGACUACUUACAGGCUGCUGUGAAUACUGUUCUUAUUAUUCACGAAAAGGAACCACCUGGGGAUAUUUUGGUGUUUUUAACUGGCCAGGAUGACAUAGAUGCUGCUCUUAAGUUGCUAAAUGAUGAAAUUCAACAUCUGGGAAAACACUAUUUUGAUUUGGUGAUUUUGCCUUUGUACUCCGGCCUUCCGCGGGGAGACCAAGAUCUCAUUUUUGUUCCUACUUCCAAAGGGAAAAGAAAAGUUGUGAUAUCAACAAACAUUGCUGAGACAUCAUUGACUCUGGAGGGCGUGGUGUACGUUGUUGAUAGUGGAUUUUCCAAGCAGAAGUGCUAUAACCCGAUUUCUGACCUCGAGAGUCUAGUUGUCGCACCAAUAUCUAAAGCUUCUGCAAGGCAACGAGCAGGCAGAGCUGGAAGGGUGCGACCUGGGAAAUGCUUUAGGCUUUACACAGAGGAAUAUUACCUAAGUGAAAUGCAGUCAGAUGGCAUUCCAGAAAUGCAAAGGUCUAACCUUGUUUCCUGCAUAAUACAGUUGAAAGCGCUAGGCAUAGACAACAUCUUGGGGUUUGAUUGGCCAGCUUCUCCAUCACCAGAAGCAAUGAUUCGGGCUCUCGAAAUUCUAUUUUCACUAGGAAUCCUUGAUGAAGAUGCCAAACUAACAGUUCCCAUUGGUUUCCAAGUUGCUGAGAUGCCUCUGGACCCCAUGAUCUCAAAAAUGAUCUUGUCAGCAAAUGAUUUUGGAUGCUCUGAUGAGAUAUUGACGAUAGCAGCAUUUCUAUCUGUUCAGUCUGUGUGGGUCUCUAUGCGGGGAGUGAAGAAGGAAUUUGAUGAGGCCAAACUUCGGUUUGCCGCUGCUGAGGGUGAUCAUGUAACAUUCCUGAAUAUCUACAAAGGAUUUCACCAGUCUGGAAAAUCUAGUCAGUGGUGUUACAAGAACUUUUUGAAUCACCAAGCACUGAAGAAGGUCAUUGAAAUCAGGGCACAGCUUGUCAGGGUAGUGAAGAGGUUUGGCAUACAGCUGAAAUCCUGCGACAGAGAUAUGCAGGCAGUUAGAAAGGCCAUUAUUGCUGGUUCGUUUGCUAAUUCAUGUCAUCUGGAGGAAUAUGGCCAGAAUGGAAUGUAUAAAACAAUUAGGACGUCACAAGAAGUUUACAUUCAUCCAUCUUCCGUGCUCUUUAGGGUUAAUCCAAAGUGGGUCGUCUACCAGUCUCUUGUUUCAACUGACAAGCACUAUAUGCGUAAUGUAAUUGCCAUUGAACCAUCAUGGCUUACUGAAGCUGCACCGCAUUUUUACCAGUUCCGAACACCCAAUCCAGCUCCGCAUUAACUUAACCGUGACGGUGCAAUGUUGCAUUUAUGGUAAGAGUACUAAGGUCGGCUGGGGUCUCACUAUUUCCAUCAGUCCAUUUGGGCCAGUAUACCAAUCAGUAUGACUUGUUCUUAUCAAAUAGUAUGAACUACUUUGAAGAAAAUCAAUUGGGGCACAUUUGGUGGGCAAAGAAAGUAAGUCUCAUUUGAAUAUUAUCUUUGUUUGCUCAAGCUCGACCUCACACGUGCCUUCGACUCCAUCUCGUGGCCCUUCCUCUUUGAGGUGCUGCGCAAGUAUGGAUUUGGGGACCGAUUCCGGGAGUGGAUGGCCAUUCUGCUCUCCUCGGCAAGCACGCGGGUCAUGAUCAAUGGAGUUCCCGGUCCGCCAAUCUGGCACCGGCGCGGCCUACGACAAGGUGACUCCACCUCACCACAACUCUUCGUGCUGGCGGUGGACACCCUUGGGAGACUGAUGCGACACGCCCUACAGACCGGCAUCCUUCAGCAGCUGCAUCCCCGACGAGCCAUCCCGGCGAUCUCUCUUUACGCCGAUGAUGUGAUGAUGUUCUGCCAUGCCACUACUGAGGAGAUCGCCGCUGUCAAAGGCAUCCUGGACGUGUUCGGUACGGCUUCUGGGCUCCGCGUGAACUACGCCAAGAGCUCGGCCACGAUCCUUCACGCCGGCGACUACGAAGUGGGGCUGCUGGAGCCACUCGGGUGCCCUGUCGUGGCCUUGCCGGUUACCUACCUGGGCAUCCCGCUCUCCACUCGCCGCCCAUCCGCAGCGCAGCUGCAACCCCUCGUCGACGCGGUGGCGGGCCGGCUGCCUUCCUGGAAAGCUUGGCUGAUGAACAAAGCGGGACGGCUAGCGCUCGUCAAAUCGGUGCUUAAUGCAAUACCGAUCCAUCAACUGCUAGCGCUUGCGCCCCCAAAGAAAACCCUGAAGCAAUUAGAGAAGAUUCAGCGCGGGUUUCUUUGGGCCGGCCGCGCGGAUGCCCACGGUGGACAUUGCCACGUCAACUGGCGUAAGGUUUGCCGGCCACUUGAAUAUGGCGGCCUUGGCAUCCGGGACCUCGAGCGCACGGGGCUAUCACUUCGGCUGCGCUGGCUAUGGCUCACGCGCACGGACACUACUCGAGCCUGGCAGGGGCUGGACACGCAAUUUACGACGGAGGAGCGUGCGCUCUUUUACGCCUCCACGACUAUGGCAAUUGGAGAUGGCAGGACAGCCCUGUUCUGGGAGGAUCGCUGGCUUGGUGGCCAAUCCGUCCGCGAGCUUGCGCCUAGACUCCUCAAGUGCAUCCCCAAGCAACGUCAAAAAUCCAGAACGGUGGCGGAGGCCCUGGCCGGCAAUAGUUGGGCACGUGACAUCCAUGGCCUGCUAGGCCUCCCAGAGAUCGGACAGUACCUUCAGCUCUGGCACUUAGUGCAACAUGUCGAGCUGUCCAAUGAGCCGGACAGGCUGCUCUGGAGCUGGACAGCCAGCGGCGUCUACACCGCCCAGUCUUGCUACUGGGCAACUUUCCAGGGCGCGACGGGCUGCCACUCCUGGAAGCUCAUUUGGAGGAGCUGGGCACCGCCCAAGGUGAAAUUCUUCCACUGGCUGGCAUGUCAAGAUCGCUGUUGGACCGCGGAGAGACUCGCACGCCAUGGCCUGCAACAUCACCCGCGGUGCCUUCUGUGCGAUCAGGAACCGGAGACGAUCGGGCAUCUGAUGCUCACAUGCCCAUUCACUAAACAGACAUGGCAGGAGGUCUUAUCUUGGCUGCGCUUGCCGGCGCCGGCGCCCGAGCACGACGGCUCGCUCAUGGAUUGGUGGCUGCGCGCAAAGGAACGCACACCACCAGCGCUCCGCAAGGCGCUCAAAUCUGUGGCACUUUUGGUACCGUGGAUGAUCUGGAAGCAUAGAAAUGCGUGUGUUUUCGACCAUGUGUCCCCAUCGCUGAACGAGCUUGUAGACAGGAUCAAAGACGAGACCAGAUGUUGGGCAAAGGCUGGAGCUCAAGGGCUCAGGGUCGUUUUGCCAUCAUCCUGGGACGUGCACUGAGCCUCUGUUGUCUGUGUGUACAAACCGCCUCCUAGGAGGAUGUAAAUACCCUCUCUU